AUGGCGAUGAUGAUGAUGAUGAUGAUGAUGAUGAUGAUGAUGAUGAUGUUGAUGAUGAUUGUGAUGAUGAUGGUGCUGUGUUGUCGAUUGUUAUUUGUCAUUGUCGUUAUUGUGGCUGUAGUAGCUGGUGGAUGUCCCUUCCCCAUUUCUUUCAGAAAUCCUCAUACCGAUCCCCGGGGCGGUUGGUCCCCGUUGUGUUGCCCUCUUCAGUCUUGUCCUCGUCUCCAUCCCAGAGGGUGUGUGCGGGGAGGUGAACAAUGA